AUGAAUAUGGUGCGUCUAGUUCACGCAUUUUGUCAACCAAAAAGAUGCUGAUAAUCGUGUGAUGCGAAUAUGCGAAAUUUACAAUUUAGGAAACGAGGUCGUAUCGUUAACGAAAAAGCCAAACAGAAGUCUUGAAAACACAGAGUUUCAGAGUGGAGGAGGCUUUAGUAGUAGUAGAAAUGGCGAUCAAUCAGGAGGAAGUGGAGAAGCCCCUGAGGAAGAUUUCUGUAGCCUUCAAAUCCCUUUACGACACUCUAAAUUCCCAAACCAACAAUGGCGAAGUCCAUCUCGAAGUGGGUCCUUUCUCUCAUGCUUGCUCACUUGUCUCUCCUCUCUUUCGCUGCCUUGGCAUCGCCUUCAAGUUUGCAGAAAUGGAUUAUGUGGCCAAAGUGGAUGAUUUGGUCCAGGCAUCUAAUUCAGUCACUACUUUACAAGUGAUGAUGAAGAGGGACAUUGAUUCAGAUUGCGUAAGGAAGGCUGGUAGUCAUACAAGGAACCUUUUAAGGGUUAAGAGAGGGCUCGAUAUGGUCAAAGUUCUAUUUGAACAAAUUAUAGCGUCAGGGUAUGUCUACAUUCUUCAUAGACGUUCUUGCUUGAUAAAUACAUUAGGAUUUUUAACACAAUGCAGAGACUUCCAUGCGAGAUAACACCUUUACUAUGAAGUAGAGGUUCUUACGGUGGUAAUUUAAUUUGUUAUGUUCUUUUACUGAAUUUCUAGAUGAACAUCUAUGUAUUUCUCUAUGGUGAUUGGGUCACACUACAUUUUAAGUGACUAGGCAUGGCCUAACUCUUUUUGAGAAGAUAAUCCAAUACAUCAGUCACCAAAUGGUGACCAAAUAAAUAUGUUUACCUUGUUGGAAAAUGAGUUCCGUAGCUGUGUCUUUCAUUGAGAAUUUUUUCCUUCUUUUAAAUAUCUAAUUGAUUCCUAGUUCAAGAAGAAGUUAGACAAAUUGAUCCCUAUUCAUGGUGGAAAUUCUCAGUGAAGUGUUGUUAGAGUGGUUGCACAUAACUGGAUUAUUAUGGUGGCAGUUGUUGUGUGAUAUGUACUGGGAAAAUGCCUCCUCAAUAACAGUAAUAAUUUGACUUUCCAAAAAGUUGAGCAUCACUCAUUGUUAUUAUGUGAUUGGCCUCUUAUUCAAGUGAAGACAUUUUAUUCACGAGACCAAAAGCGUAGCCACUUCUUUUGAUUAUUUUUUAAUUCUGAUUGAAAUUUUUCUAGGACAAACAAAUUCGACCUAAAAAGAGCCUAGAAACUUCAAAUAAAUUUUAAUUUUUCUGUUCAUUAUGUUCGCAUCCGUUUUCAGUUUUUCUUUUUGGAUUAGAUAAAGUUGGGUGAUAGUUACCCAUGCCCAAUAGCCAAUCAUCAGACUGUUUUCUCUGUUCUCUGAUUCUUAGGACACCCUCUUUGCAUUUUGAUAAAUAGUUGUUAUACGUUGAUGUGGGUAGUCUGUGUUCUUAAAUUGGUGUCUGUUCAGUUCUCUUUUUAAUUGCAUAUAGCAAUUCAAAUGCAGGCAUCUUUCUCUAUUUAUCAAUUGCAGAUGAUUGUGAGUUAUAUAGUUUAGGUAGAAAUCAUAUGAUGUAUAGGUCAAUAUGUCAUCGUUUCUGAACUGUUGCGGUGGGGUUUCUUGAACUGUUUAGUCUGCAGAAAUAUCUGCCUUUUCUUCUGCACUUGAUACAGGAUCCACUCUGUCAUUGUGUCAUUGUGUCAUUGUAGAGAUGUUGCUGUGUUGUAUGUGUUUAUUUGUUUUGGAUUUCCGUUGGUUCUAUUAUUUGCGUCAUCCUCCAUUUUUUGUUUUAUGUAUUUAUUUGUUUUGUUUGAAGUUUUGUUCUCAAAUCCUUCCAUUAAGACAAUCCUGUGGGAGAUUAUAUUGAGAUAAUUGUUUAAAAGCUGUGAAAUUUAACUGAUGGAUGUUUAGACAAUUGAAGUAAGUAGGAGAAGGAUGAUUAGUGAUGAAAUGAGCAGAAUAUAAGAAUCUGCAUUAGACAUUAUGCAAAGAAAUGAGAAAAACGAUUUGCACAAUAAACAUAUCAAACUCGGUGGAAAGAUCACUUGUUCAUCAUCAAUUUAGAGAAAGUGAUCACAUAAGUUGAAUAUCCUAUUUUUGUAUUCAACAGCAAGUUUGGUGGUUAGAAAACGAAAUUGAACUGAUUCUUCUUGCCACAAUGAUAUUGCCUGAUGUUAAGUAGUCAGUAUUGCCUUAGAAGAAUUGAAAUGUCAGAUUUCGUCGUCCGAAUAUUGAUUCUGCAUUCAUAUAAUUGCUACGGUCUCUCUUCUAGGAGUUUCUGAUUACGUCAUUUGUGACAAUCUGUCUGACAAUUGCUGUACAGUUUAAUGAACUGGGUGUGAUUCCUUCUGUAAUUACUUGUCCCUCAUAACCAUCUUAUAACCAAACUGAUUGAAUUACUUGUCCUUCAUAACCAUAUUAUACCCAAACUGAUUGAAUUACUUGUCCCUCAUAACCAUCUUAUAACCAAACUGAUUGAACUUUUCCUUUUGUGUGAAUUCAACAAGAUUGGCUACCCAAGUGACUAGCUAGAAAGAAGGGCUUGCAUGUUGCGUAAAGUUCAUAAUAAAAUUUUCAAGCUUCAUAAUUUGGUUGAGGUUGGAAAUCUGUCUUCCGGGAAGAAUGAGAGAGGUAUUAAUCUACUGCCGUUGUGUUAUCUUACUAGUUCAGUGGAUUUUUUUAAGCAAGAUAGCAAGUGAUAAUUGGCCAACUUAGUAUAGGAAUGGCAGUUUUCCAAGUGGAAGUGUCUGGUCAGUUUGAAUGAAAUUGGAAGUGCUGUUGUAGUUUCUAAUAGCUUUAAGCAUCUCAAUUUGUAGGAUAUGAAACUGAUAUACUCUGUUUCUGUAAAAUUAAAAAACGGAAAACACCAAAACCAAAAGUUAAUUCUUUUGUGCAUUGGCACUAUUUGGCUGUCAACAUGUUCUCAUGUUAUUCUGGUUCUCUAAUUCUCUUUUUUGUUGUCUAUCUCUGGUUCCGAACAAUUUAAGCAUGUUACAAUUUGGUUGGCAUUUAUGCUUAUUUCUCAUUGGUCAGUGCUCUAGUGUCAUUGACCAUCCCUAUAUUUGCUCUAUAUUCUAUAGAAAUGACUAUGGCCAAGGAACUUGGACAAUAUUGACUCGAGUGUUGCAAGAUAUUCUGCUUGAAAUCAUUGCAAACACUUGUUAGGUUUAUGAUCCAUCUCGUAUGAUCAAUUGUUUACUAUGAUUGCAACAUAUUUGUUAUUGGGAAUUGAAACAAAUGUUGGCUUUAUCCUCGUUUUGUUGUUUCCAUUUAUUUUUAACCUUGUCAGAAAUAUCUGAAGGAGAUGAGAUAUCAACUUAGAGAAGUUAUAUAUGACCAAAAAAUGUGGUUUUGCAUCUGGUGGAAUUGCAGUCAUUGACUUUGAAAGUGAUAAGGGAUACUGUUAGAUUAAUUUAUUUGUUAGUGGUUCUUUUCAGAAAAUAAACCUGGGUUUCAUUUUUUCUUUGGUUAUUUGCCUCAUAACCAAACUGAAUGAACUUGUUUCUUCUUGUGUGAUUGCAAUUUCAUUUGCAACUUGAACUAGAGGCUACCCUGCAUGUUGUAUAACAUUAAGUUUAGCAUUAUGAAGUUUGUUUCUUUUAUAUGGGGAACUUUUCUUACUGAAAGAAUGCAAACGGUUGAACCUACUGCAGUUCCCAAGUAUCUUUCUACCGAACUUUCAAGAAAGAUAACAAGUCAUAAGUGGUCAAACAAGUGAUGCAAUCGCAAUUAUGUGGAUGGAAGAUCUGUCCACUCUGAAUGGACUUGGAAGAACUAUGCAGGAGUUUCUAAGCAUUUUAUCCAUGUAUACUGUGUUUCUGUGAUAUAAAAAUACAGACAGCAGACUCGUAAAACUGAAAAGUAAACUCUCUUAUUUAUAGCAAUAUUCUCGCUUUCAUUCACAUUAUUUUGUUUCUGUCUGUUAUCUUUUUUGUGGUUUAUCCCUGGUCCAAAAAAUGUGAACAUGUUACGAAUUGGGUGGCAAUUAUUUUUAUUUCAAUCUGGUUGCUUGUGUUUUUUUUUAAUCUGUUCUUCCACGGGCACAAGGAUGCUCAAAAUGCUGCAGUAAAGUGGAAUUUAUUUGUAACUUAUUAGGUUAGGGGAUAUGAAUGUGAAGUAGCUUUCGAAUUCAUGUCCUAAUGCUGCAGUAAAGUGGAAUUUACUUGUAAUAUGUUAGGUUAGGGGUGAUAUGAAUGUAAAGUAGCUUUCAACUCAUGUCCUCCACCUUCUCACUCUCUACUUUUUGAUGACGAGAACAGUUUCACCGUUUACCACCCUCAAGGAAAAUGAAAUAAAAAAUGAUAUAUAUGCAAUCAAAAGGCUUUAUUAAGAGUGAAUUACAUGGUUGUAAGUUCAGUUUUGCAGUAAAGUGAUGAAGAGGUAUUGCUAGACAAAACUAUAGGUUUUAGUAAUACCAGGCAAAGCUGAAGGAGAAUGUCACUGUUUUGCUUCCUUAUAGAAUGUCAUAGCACAGAUAUUACUUUACUGUUCAAUAGUAGCUAGCCGGCAAUUGUUUGAAAUAUCAUUAAAAUUUGGUGCAUCUAUCAUUACAUUGUUGUGCUCACAGAAAUAUCGGUUUCAAUUAAUAGUAAAUCUGAAUUACUUUCUUAUGGGUAAUCAGUACUUUAUCUUCUUGCCAGUGUGAUUUUAAUUUUCGAUUACUUUGGACUUAGUAGUGGUUUUGAGUUCUUCAAUUUUACUGGUUAGUAUUUAAAAAUCCCUGACAUUUCGUAUACCAUGGCAGGGGAAGUAGUUUGAAAGAUCCCGCAUCAACAGCCUAUGCCCAGGUGUUUGCUCCAUACCAUGGAUGGGCUAUCAGGAAAGCUGUGGCGGCAGGCAUGUAUGCACUUCCAACAAGAGCUCAGCUACUGAAGAAGCUCAAUGAAGAUGGUGAGUUUGUACUUGAAGUCAUAACCUAACCUAUCUGUUUUGGCAACAGAAUACGUUCAAAUAUCUUGCUUUAAUGCUUUAAGCAGAGAAUCAAAUAAAAAAGCGCCAUUUAGUCUCUAUUUUAUCUUGGGUGGUGAAACUGGUUAAUUUUGACAAGCCAAAUGUUUUGCAAGUUUGUUUAACUGGACUCUGGUUAGUAUAACUCCAACAAUAGUUUGAAGGACAUGCCAAUCAUUUUUUUUGGGACUUGAAACUAGAUUGAUAUAGGUAACGCAAUACAUCCCUAAGCUAAUUAGAUAAUCAUAUAUCUCAUCAGACGCGGCUUUAGUUGGCACCUGGCCUGUGAUUAAGGCUGUGUUGGCUUUGUAUCUCAGCAACAUAUGUUUUGCCAUAUUAUCAUGGCAUAGCAGAUCUUUAUGCUCCUGUGAACCAUUUCCUAUUCAAUAUUUUCUGUGCAUUUUGUUGAGUGUAUAUUAGAAUCCAUUGAUCUUCGGAAAGGUGUGAUUGUUAAACCAAUCUUUGGUGAUACACAUGGUUUUAGGUUCAUAUGUGAGUUGCCCUUUAGAAGAUUUUUUCUUCUGACUACUUUCGACUUCUAAUGACUUCGUCUUUUCGCUUCAGAAACCUCAGCAAAGGCUGAGAUGCAAAACUACAUUGAUUCAUGUGGGCCUGUCAUUUCGUACAUUGACAAACUUUUCACAUCUCAAGAACUUGGUAUUGAUUGGUGAACUGGGAAUGUAUCCAGUUUUUACCCAUUUCUUCUUGUUGUAUUUACAUCUCAUAAUUAAGAUUUCUAUGUAAUUCACCUCUUUGCAACUCGGAGUUGUACUCGCACAUUUAUUACAAACCGAUAUUUGUACAUUCUAUGUAACUUCACUUCAGCUUUAGCUUCUUUUUUUUUUUUUUUUUUGGUUGAAAAGGGCUUUAGCUUCUUUGAUUGUUGGAAGAAACAUGGAAAGGGAUUAGAUUGACACAAACUUUAGUAGUUCUUCCUCCGUUCUAAAAUAAUUGUUAUGUAUAUUGUACCAAAAAA